CCUGAGGAGCUUUUUUCUUCUGGUGUCAGUAAUAGGCCUUUUACCAUGAACAAUUCUACUACAGAUACAGAUCAUGGGAUUGACAAGAAGAAAUUUAAAAAAGACAGAUGGCCAUGCUCCCCUUCACGUGUCCUUCAUAUUCGUCAAAUUCCAAAUGAUGUUACUGAAGCAGAAGUAAUUUCCUUAGGCCUGCCUUUUGGCAAAGUAACCAACCUCCUGCUGCUAAAAGGAAAAAGUCAGGCAUUUUUGGAAAUGGCUUCUGAAGAAGCUGCUGUUGCUAUGGUGAACUACUACAGCGCUGCUACACCUCUUCUCCACAGUCAGCCUGUUUAUAUCCAGUAUUCCAAUCACAGAGAACUUAAGACUGACAAUCUACCUAAUCAGGCUAGAGCCCAAGCUGCACUGCAAGCUGUGAAUGGUUUGCAGUCUGGAAGCCUGGCUAUUACAAAUGCUUUUGCUGCUGAACAUGGGUUCCUUCCAGGUCAAGGUUCUGUCCUUCGAAUCAUUGUUGAAAAUCUUUUCUACCCUGUCACUUUAGAAGGGUUGUAUCAGAUUUUCUCUAAAUUUGGAUCUGUCAUGAAGAUUGUCACCUUCACUAAGAACAAUCAAUUCCAAGCUUUACUACAGUAUGCUGAUUCAAUGAAUGCAUAUCAUGCCAAAAUGGCUCUCGAUGGCCAAAGUAUCUACACUGCAUGCUGCACUCUGCGUAUUGAUUUCUCCAAGUUAUCUAGCCUUAAUGUAAAGUACAACAACGACAAAAGCAGAGAUUUCACUCGCCUUGACCUUCCUUUUGGUGAUAGCCAACCACCCAUGGAGCCAUCCACAGCUGCUGCCUUUGGCACCCAAAAUGUCAUCUUCCCAUCAUAUGUAGGAGCUGCUGGGUUUGCCCCAGCCAUGGAUUUUGCUCAAGGUGCUGAUAAUGAUGCUAUUAAUACCAUUACAGGUCUUUCAGUUCCAUCAGUUCCUGGAGCAGUUGGUUCUCUUGCAAUCACCACAUCUUCAGCAUUUGGACAGAUUACUAUGCCCGGUGCUACUGGUGGUCCAGGAAAUUCUGUUCUGCUGGUCAGCAACCUCAACUCUGAAGUCAUCACACCGCAUGGACUUUUCAUCCUGUUUGGUGUGUAUGGUGAUGUGCAUCGUGUGAAGAUCAUGUUUAAGAAAAAAGAAAAUGCUUUGGUUCAGAUGGCAGAUGCAAGCCAGGCUCAAUUAGCUAUCAGCCACUUGAAUGGACAGAGGCUUUAUGGAAAGGUCCUCCAUGCUACUCUUUCAAAAUACCAUACAGUUCAACUUCCUCGUGAAGGACAAGAGGACCAAGGUCUGACAAAGGACUAUAGCAAUAGCCCUUUACAUCGCUUUAAGAAGCCUGGCUCUAAGAACUUCCAAAAUAUCUUUCCUCCAUCUGCCACCCUGCAUCUCUCCAACAUCCCGCCUUCUGUUACUGUUGAUGAUCUGAAGAACCUUUUUGCAAGUACUGGAUCUACUGUGAAAGCCUUCCGAUUCUUCCAGAAAGAUUGCAAAAUGGCUCUUAUUCAGCUGGGCUCUGUGGAAGAAGCAGUUCACGCUCUCAUUGAGCUUCACAAUCAUGACCUUGGAGAAAACCAUCACCUCCGAAUUUCCUUCUCAAAAUCUUCAGUCUGA